CCGACAUCUAUUGACCCAUUAAACAACCAAACCAGACAAUAAAAGUUAUCCGAAGGAUGUCUCAUAAUCUCACUUUCACCAUCCCACCUCAUCUAGAUGAGUACAACAUCCCCCUCGCCAGCUUCAAAGCCGCCAGGCCGCAAUGGACCAACUUCAUAGUCGGGGGACUGGUCUUCUCUCGUGAUUCCCAAAACAAAAGCAACGAGGGAGGCGAACCAAGAGUCCUCCUGCUCCAACGUGCUUUGACCGAUUCUCUGCCCGGUUACUGGGAAGGCCCCGGUGGAGGCUGCGAGGAGACGGACGAGACGAUUCUCACAGCCGCUGCGCGCGAAGUCGUGGAGGAAAGCGGGUUGCAUGUGUCGAGGAUUGUGGAUUUGGUCGGAGUCGAAGAAUGGACGAAAGAGAAGAAUGGGACGAUGUCAUUUGUGGCCAAGUUUACGUUCUUGGUGGAGGUUCAUGAGGCUCAAGGCGUCUUUGGGGAGAUGGCUGGGAGAGAAGGCGAGAAGACGGUUGAGGUUGAAGGAGAUGCUGUGCAGCGGUGGGAGGACCGAGUCCGACUGGAGCCGAGUGAGCAUUCAGCGUACGAGUGGGCGACGGAAGAGCAGGUGAAGUUGGGAUUGGACGGAAAGGGGAAAUAUAAAAUUUUGGAGGACGAGGGUAGGAAUCUUAUGAAGGCAUUUCGAAUGGUGGCUCAAUGAUUUCUAGUAUGGAUGGAGGCAUCCGUGCUACAGUUUGAAGAACAUAGAGUGAUGAGAGACGUUAAUGGAAACCAAGCAUAAUGUUUUUAGAGCCUACUAAACUAUAGGUAUGUACUAAGGUCUUGCUGAAU